AUGGAGCUCAAAGCGAGUCUUCUCAAAGCCAGUAUCGCUGUACUUACAGCUACAUUCACAGCAAUUUUUUGGCGUAUUCUCUACAUGCAAAAGUUCCACCCUUUGUCGAGGUUCCCCGGACCUUGGUACGCGACCUCCUUCUCUGUCGUGGGCGCUAUUAUUUCAGUGAAGCAGAAGGAACCUGAGUUCUUCAUGUAUUUAGUGAAGAGGUAUGGAAGCGACCAACCAAUUCGGAUAUCUCCCACGAUGUUGUUGUUCCCUCGACCGUCUGCUCUAAAGGACAUCUACUGGGAUCCACAGUGCAACCGGAAAUCUGGGCUAUACGGCACUGGGGCACUGGGUCCUCCGCACUUAUUUACGACUCUUGAAGGUGAUGAGCACCGGGCCUUGCGUAAGGCUCUGUCGAACGCACCCUGGACUAUCGGACAACUGAAGAAGACAUGGGAGUCUCGCUUCGAUGACCAAAUCAACCUCUUCGCCGAGAAAAUGCAUGAACAUGCUGCAGAAAAACGUACAAUCUGCCUGUCUGACAAAGUUGCCGAAUUUGCCGCUGAUAUUAUGAGCAUGAUAUCUUUCACGGAGCCGUUUGGCAGUGUCAGGAAUCAACGUGAUGAGAAGGACCUGUUGCGUAACUGGCGCAAUGGUCUAACUUUCUUUGGCUUCGUUGGCCGAUUUCGAUUUUUUAGGGAGCGGAUCAUCAAACUCCCGAGGGUGGGAUUGUGGUUCUUGCCAGCUGUUUCAAACGAAUCUGGGAUGGGCUGGCUGAUGUGCGAAGCAGACCGUCAAGUAUCGACACGUGAGAGCCAAAACGCUGAGAGACCUUUUGACGGCAAGCCUGAUUUUCUGCAGCACUGCCUCGACGCUCGCUUCGCAGACGGCUCUACAUUAACACCUAUGCAGAAGCGCGCACAUGUGACUCUUCUCAUACAAGCUGGUGCAGACACUACUGGUACAGCGCUAGGCUCCAUUCUUCGCUUUAUUGUUACCCACCCAUCAUCUCUUGCGCGAGCUCGUGCGGAGAUUGAGUCUGCGGAUCAAGCUAGCCUUCUAUCGUUCCCGAUCAAGUACGAGGAGACACGUCAGCACCUUCCAUUUUUCGUCGCAUGCAUCAAAGAAGGACUGCGCCUCAAUCCACCAGCAACAAACCUCUUUGCAAGAGUAGUUCCACAGGGCGGAAAGGUCAUUGAUGGACACUUCAUCCCUGGUGGAACGGAGAUCACAAGUCAUUCGUACUCUGUACAAAGGAACAACGCAUUCUACGGAGAGGACGCAGAAAAGUUUGUGCCUGAACGAUGGCUGAUAAAUGAGAAAAGAAACUUUGAACUAGAGGCGGCGCAAUUCACAUUCGGAGUGGGCCCCAGGGUUUGUUUGGGAAAAGACAUCGCAAUGAUGGAAAUGUACAAGCUACUACCAGAGAUCAUUCGUCGUUUUGACAUCGACCCUGAGACGCCUGGCAGAUACGUCGUUGAUGGUGGAGUGGCGUACAAUGAAAACUUCCUGGGAAAGCUGGUUACUAAAUAACGUGGUUGACGCCCCGGAGAUCAAACGCCAGAACGGUGUUAUGUAACCAUCAGGUAUGGAUAAACAGGAUAAUCUCCCUGCUCUAGUGUGCCCUUGAGCCGCUACCCUGGGGCCCAUGGGGCGAUAUUUUAAGUAAAUCUAAUAUCGCCGAAGUGCUCUAUACGCCCUGUAAUCAUCGCC